AUGGCUGCUAAGAAACUAAGAAGAGCAAGGUUGUCUCAGGAGCUGUGUGAAAGGCUGAGCCGCCAUCAUAUCACUACCUGUCAGGACUUUUUAUGUCUUUCUCUCUUGGAGCUAAUGAAAGUGACGGGACAGAGCUACUAUGAUGUGCAGAAGCUUCUUUGUAAAGUCAGCCAAGCUUGUGCUCCCAAAAUGCAAACAGCUUAUGAAAUGAAACUGAGGAAGUCUGUCAAUCCCUCUUCGGCCUUUUUAUCCACCACGCUGCAUAGUUUGGAUAAAGUCUUGCAUGGUGGAGUGCCCUGUGGAUCCCUCACAGAGAUAACUAGCCCACCAGGUUGUGGGAAAACUCAAUUUUGUAUUAUGAUGAGCGUUCUGGCUACACUACCUGUAAGCAUGGGAGGACUAGAUGGGGCUGUUAUAUACAUUGACACAGAGUCUGCAUUCAGUGCUGAAAGGUUGAUUGAGAUAGCAGGAAACAGAUUCCCUACUUAUUUUGACUCAGAUGAAAAGCUGUUCUGCAUGACCCGUAGCAUUCAUCUGUAUCGAGAGCUGACCUGUGGCAGUGUACUGAAGAGGAUUAUGUCUUUGGAAGAAGACAUUAUUUCAAAGAAAGUUAAACUCAUAAUAAUUGACUCUGUUGCUUCAGUUGUCAGAAAGGAGUUUGACACAAAACUCCAAGGCAACCUGGCAGAGAGAAGUAACUUUUUGGCUAGAGGAGCAUCAGUGUUGAAGUAUUUGGCAGAGGAGUUCUCAAUACCAGUUAUCUUGACGAAUCAGAUUACCACAUCGUUGAGCAAUGGCCUUGCGAUCCAGGCAGACCUGGUGUCUCCAGCUGAUGAUUUGUCCCUGUCUGAAGGAGCUUCUGGAAGUGGGAAGAGGGAAUCUGGUUGUGUGACAGCAGCCCUUGGCAACACAUGGAGUCACAGUGUCAACACCAGGCUCAUUCUACAAUAUCAUGACUUGCCAACAAGACAGCUCCUGGUUGCUAAAUCCCCUGUUGCUCCAUUCUCCGCUUUUUUCUACACCAUUGAGAAAUCAGGCUUGGUUCUUCAAGUUGUUUUGACUUUCUUUGGCAUUUGGUUUACCACUUUUGGAUUGAGUCCUGAUGGAAAGGAUCAAACAAAUUUAACCUGGGAAGGAACCAAUCCUGCCCUGCAGACCAUACAAGUGAGGAACACUGCCUUGAAAGAUACUUUACUUGAUGCUGCUUUACCCAGCACUACUGGUGAGACAUCAAGCAAUACAUCCAAUCUAUAGAAAGAA